CACAGAAAGUAAAUCAGCUUCGCUCUCAACACGAAAUUUGCCAGCUGAGUAGUGAAAAAUAUUGAAUAAAGUCAUUCUCAAAUGCAUUUCGUGCCGUAUUUGUAAAUAAAUUACAACAAAAUUCAAUGUUUCGCGCUAUCGCCGAGCGAGCCAAGCAGCCGCUCCUCCCACUUAACAUUCUUGCCAAACAAGCACUUAACGAAAAAUUAUAAUAAUAAAAAAACAUUCAGCAUAGAACAUCUGUACAAAAAGCAUAAUUAAAUUUGCAACCCUUUCACAAAACCUGGCGGUCCAACACGCCCACAAUGACAGCCGCUGCCCACGAUGAUGAACAGCAGCAUGCACUUGUCAAACGCGCCGACGAUGAACGCGAGGACAUUUUCAAGCGCUACGAACUGGGCCUGGAUCCCAGCAAUGUAGUGGACUCGUGGGAAAAUCCCACAUUCGAAAUCUAUCACAUAACAGACAAAUAUGGCUUCAUGCACGACUCCCGCCUACCAUCCACGCGCGAUUCACAGGAAGUGCAACGCACCAAAAUCGAAUUGGAGCGCGAUAAAAAGUGGAUGAAAAUGAUUGCUCACUGGCCACCGCAUCCGGAAAAAUUGCAUAAGCGCGUAUAUAAAGGUAUACCUGAUCGAAUACGUUGGCCUGCUUGGAAAAGGUUACUGCAUGUCGAAGAAUCUAUGGCUCAGAAUGAGGGUGUUUACAGCCGUAUGUUAUUACUCGCCAAAAAGUACUCGACGGAGACGCGUCAAAUAGAUGCAGAUGUUAACCGCCAGUUCCGUGAUAAUCUAGCUUAUCGAGAGCGCUAUAGUGUCAAGCAGUGCUCGCUCUUCAAUGUGCUCAAUGCCUACAGCAUUUUCAAUUCGGAACUGGGAUACUGUCAGGGUAUGGCUUGUGUGGCGGGUGUGCUGUUACUCUAUAUGCAGGAGGAGGAGGCCUUUUGGGCGCUUAAUACGCUGAUCACAGACAAGAAGUACGGAAUGCAUGGGCUCUUCAUCGAGGGUUUUCCUAAACUGACGCGUUUCAUUGAUCAUCACGAUCGCAUAUUGUCGAAGAUUAUGCGUAAACUGCACAAGCAUUUCAUCAAACAUAAUGUGGAUGCGCUACUCUAUGCCAUUAAAUGGUUUUUUGUGGUCUUCGUCGAACGCGUGCCUUUCAGCUUAAGUUUACGUGUGUGGGACAUAUUUUUAUUGGACGGUGAUCGCGUUAUUGUGGCCAUGGCGGUGACCAUUUUGUAUUUGCACAAAGAUGAAUUGCUGCGUCUGAAAGAUAUGGACGCUAUUAUUGAAUAUUUGCAAGUGAAAUUGCAUAAAAAUUUCGGUUACAACGACGAUGAUGCUAUACAAGCACUGGAACGUGUAAUGAAGAAGCUGAAAGAUUUGAAACUGGAUGCACCGCCACCGGCUAAGGUCAACGAAUUUCCAACGCGUACGCUGGGACAUUUUGUGGAGGCGGAUUUGGAGAAGAAAAUUGGACGCAGACGCAAUGAUUAUACCGAUACGGAAAAGCAAGUCAUAACAGAUGUGAUAUCAAGACAAGAACAAAACGCAAUUGAAGUACAAUCAACUGUGUCCUAUGAGACUUCAGAGUGUGCUACGGGUGAUGCAUAUUCAAUGAAAACUUAUCAGAGUAUCACUAGCUUAGCCACAUCGCCGGCCAUAAGCAGCUAUUCGCUAUAUAGCAAUGGUUUUGUUGUGACAAAUUUUGAUAUAAAUAACCAGACAAGCCGCAGCCGCAGCCAAAGCGUCCAUAAUCUCAACUAUCAGCAGCAGCAGUCACAGCUUUCUCAGCAGUCUCAGCCACCCUCAUUCGCCAUCUACAACGAACACAGCCUGCAGAAUGGCCUUAUGCGUCAUUCCUUUGGAGGCGAUAGUGACAGUCGAAAUCGACUGGAUGUAGCGCUCGAAGCGCUCCAGAGUCAGAAGCUGCAAUUGCAGCACGAAAACAAUACGCACAUCAUAAGGAUUGUGCAGAACUGCAGUUCCGAUGUCACGGGCAAACAACCUAACAACCAUGCUAAUAACGACGAUGAUGAAGAUGCACUUAGCGAGGAGAAUACUCGGCUUUAAAAUUUGUUUUUGUAUUUGGUAUUGUUAGGCAAAAUCAAUCAUUUCGAUCCUGAUUUUUCAUUUAUGCCGAAAACAUGUAUACCUUUUUGUACAGAAAAAGAUUCGUUUUUUUCUGAUUUUCAUUUUGUAGCAAAAGAAAAAUAACUAACACACAAAUGUACAAUUAAAAGGUUUGCACAUAUAAACUAUGCGCUUAUGUUAGUAGCUGAAUGAAAAAACAAUUAUUUUUAUUUUUGUCAAACAUAACCAAACAUUGGCUUAAAAGAGGUAUAAAAGGAUGCAAACUCUGGAGUAGGUUAGCUGAAUUAAUUGUUACAUUAAUGUUAACAUUAUAAUGAAUUAUGUUUCUAAGCAAAAUUGUACCUUAUUAAUAUUCAAUAUGGAAACCGAUUUGAAUCGCUUUUUUGUUUAGACUAAGUUGGCCAAAUUAACUUGAAGUGCUCCAAUAGAGCGUGUUCCGAAAUGUUUUUCUAGCCAAAAUUGCGAUUUGUGUAAUUUAUUUAUUUUGUUUUUAACUACCUUGAACUUUAUCUCAGUAAAUUGAUAUUAUGUAUUUACGUGCACUCUCAUGUACUUUCCAUUUUUAUAUGCCAAAAUAUGUAUUUCAUGUCUAAACUGAUAAUUCCUAAGCCAAUAUUCCCCAUUAUAUACUACGUCGAUUAUAGAUAGUACUACAAACCAACUUCAAGCGCUACCCAAUUUUUCCAUAUUUGUAACUGAACAGCUGGGUAAGGCCUUGCUGUUUGCCUGAAAUUUAUUUAUAAACAGAUAAUGCAUAGCUAUAUAUAGUACGUAUAUAUCUUACUACCUACCAUACACUCCUCGUACAACUUUGCUAAGUAUAUGCUACUUUGUAUGUAUUCUGUUAGUUUAAGUUGCUGUCUCUUUGCAUUUAUAAUUUGCUUUUAUUUCGAACUGAAACACUUAGUAAUGUUGAAGCCAAAUUAAAUUUGAAGUAAGGCUAAUUAAUUAAAUUGUAUGUACUCGUAUGUCUGUGCAAACAAUAAACCAUUAUAAUUUGUA